AUGUCCCUCGCUCCUGCCGUCAAACCGUCCGCUGACGACGCUGGCGAUUACAAGGACUCGCCUCAGCUUCUGGAUGAGCAAGCCCCUGGAAGCAACUCUGACACCGACACGAAGGUUAUUGCCAGCGAGUUUCUUCACCUCUCCCGUUGGCAAACUACCAAGACAUUCUGGCGGGCCACCCUCUGCUGUUUCUUUGGCGGCGUGUGCGUGUUGAUGGAGGGUUACCAGGGUUCGAUCACCGGUAGCAUCGUUAGCAACGUCGGGUUCAUCGACCAGUUUGGAACCUACAACCCGGCUACCGGCAAGAAGUCUCUCGCCGCCGAGUACGUUUCUGCGUGGGGCGGUACGGGUGUGCUUGCGGAGCAGUUUGUCACCACCAUGGCCGGUUGGCUGGGUGCCAAGAUGGUUGCUGGACUUGCCGGAGGCAUGGGUCAGGCAACGUCUCUCCUGUACAUCUCCGAGGUCGCUCCUGUUCAGAACCGUGGUGCACUGCUCUGCUGCUACGGCCUGUUCCUUGCCCUCGGACAACUCUCCUCGGCUAUCGCUCUCGAAGUGGUCAAUGUCACCAACCCGCACCACUGGAGACUUGCCAUCUACUCUGAAUGGGUUCUCGUCGGUCUCUUCCUCGUCUGCCUCCCGUUCAUCGUCGAGUCACCAUGGUACUAUGCGCGCAAGGGCCUCGAGGACCAGGCCAAGGCUGCACUGAAGAAGCUCAAUGGUAGUGUAGACGGCUACAACGUUGAGCACGAGUACCUGGUCAUGGCGACAGAGCUGGAGCAUGAGCAGGCACAGCGUCGCAACAUAGCGGCAUCGACGUACAGGGAAAUCUUCAUGGGCACCAACUUUAAGCGAACCAUGGCGAGCUUCUUUGGCGUCAUCAUGCUCCAGUGGUCGGGCGCGUCGGUGGUCUUUUCGUACGCUACUUACUUUUUGCAGCAAGCUGGUAUCAAGCAGCCGUUCCAGGCAACGUGCAUUGUCUACUCUCUCCUUGUCGCCAUGGUCAUUGUCUCGUUCUACACCACGGAAAAGUUUGGUCGCCGUACCCUCAUCUUUACCGGCGGCACUGGCUGCUUUGUGUGCAAUAUCAUUCUCGGGGCCCUCGGCACACAGGAACGGACCGAUACCAACCUGAAUGCGACGUUGGCCGUCAUCUGCAUAUGGGUGCUGUUCUACGCCGGCUGCCUUGCGGGUGUUGGCUGGGGCCUGACAUCGGAAAUCUCGACGCCCCGACUCCGCGCCCGUACCACGGGCGUCGUCAUCAGCAUGUCCAUGUGUUUCAGUCUCAUGUUUGGUUACACGGUCCCUCUCAUGCUGGCCUCGACUGGCAAGGGUGCCCGUGGCUGGGGCGUCAAGACCAUGUUCCUGUUUGCCUGUCUCGGCGGUAUCGGCCUGGUCGUCAACUUUUUCAUCCUCCCAGAGGUUGGCGGCCGCACGUUCAGCGAGGUCGACGAAAUGUACGAAAGCCGUGUCCCGCCGCGAAAGAUGAAGGGGUAUGUUGCGGCGGCCAAGAAGGCGGGCAAGGGGGAGGGGGCUUAG